CGGAGAUUUGUUGUCAUCAGGGAAACAUUUUACAGGGCGCCGGGAAGCACCAGAAAGCUUUGAACCACGCAUGCAUAUUCACCACGAGGAAAUCGAGGAAUAUAGGAGAUAAACUUGAAGCGUCGAGGAUGGGUGUAAAAGCAGCCAGAUGAAAGCCUUGCACUGAGAUCCAACGCUCGGAUAGUUAAUGUGAGAUAAUAUACAACCUUGCAGAAGAAAACUGGAAGCAUGCCCACGGGGAUGAAUAGAGGGGGAUCUCGAUCCACAAGCUCCCUGCCUCCAGAUCCCGUGGAGAUCAUCAGGAGCAAGGCUUGUUCCAGGAGGGUAAAACUCAAUGUUGGGGGACUUGCACACGAAGUACUGUGGAGAACCUUGGACCGGUUACCCCGGACGCGACUGGGCAAACUCCGGGAUUGCAACACUCACGAGUCCCUUAUGGAGAGCUGUGAUGAUUACAACUUGGAGGAGAACGAGUACUUUUUUGAUCGUCACCCGGGAGCUUUUACAUCUAUUUUGAAUUUUUACCGUACGGGCAAGUUGCAUAUGAUGGAAGAGAUGUGCGCUUUGUCCUUCAGCCAGGAGCUGGACUACUGGGGGAUAGACGAAAUCUAUCUGGAGUCCUGUUGCCAAGCCAGGUAUCACCAGAAAAAGGAACAAAUGAACGAGGAACUGAAGCGGGAAGCUGAGACCAUGAGGGAUAGAGAGGGAGAAGAAUUUGAUAACACCUUCUGUGCGGAGAAAAGGAAGAAACUUUGGGACCUUUUAGAGAAACCCAGCUCCUCGGUGGCCGCCAAGAUUUUGGCAAUAAUAUCUAUCCUUUUCAUAGUAUUAUCAACAAUUGCCUUGUCACUCAACACACUUCCUGAACUACAAGACAUGGAUGAAUUUGGACAGGUCACGGACAACCCACAGUUGGCUCAUGUAGAAGCUGUGUGCAUUGCUUGGUUCACCAUGGAAUACCUGCUGCGAUUCUUGUCAUCACCAAACAAAUGGAAGUUCUUUAAAGGUCCACUGAAUGUCAUUGAUUUGUUAGCCAUCUUGCCAUAUUAUGUCACAAUUUUUCUCACAGAGUCCAACAAAAGUGUGCUUCAGUUUCAGAACGUCAGACGAGUGGUCCAGAUUUUCCGUAUCAUGAGGAUUCUACGAAUUCUAAAAUUGGCCAGGCAUUCCACAGGUCUACAGUCUCUUGGUUUCACACUCAGACGAAGUUAUAAUGAACUUGGAUUGUUGAUUUUGUUUCUGGCAAUGGGCAUAAUGAUAUUUUCAAGUUUGGUGUUUUUUGCUGAAAAGGAUGAAGAUGACACCAAGUUCAAGAGCAUUCCAGCCUCCUUCUGGUGGGCCACCAUCACUAUGACCACAGUUGGAUAUGGUGAUAUCUAUCCUAAAACCCUUUUGGGUAAGAUUGUUGGUGGACUGUGCUGUAUUGCAGGGGUGCUGGUGAUUGCUCUUCCAAUACCAAUUAUUGUGAAUAACUUCUCAGAGUUCUACAAGGAGCAGAAGAGGCAGGAGAAAGCAAUAAAGAGAAGAGAAGCACUUGAGAGAGCAAAGAGAAAUGGAAGCAUUGUCUCAAUGAACAUGAAAGAUGCAUUUGCUCGCAGUAUGGAGCUUAUGGAUAUAGUUGUUGAGAAAAGUGGAGAAAAUGUGGACAAAAAUGAGAAACUGCGAGAUAAUAGUCUUUCUCCCAGCAAGUGGAAGUGGGGAAAGCGUACUACAUCGGAGACCAGUUCUAACAAAUCAUUUGAAACUAAGUACCCAGAACAAAGUUCUCCAGAAAAUGUGCACAAUCCAAAUGCCAGCCCACAACAUCUAAACGUCCAGAAAUUAGAGGAGAUGUACAGCAAAAUGGCAAAAACACAAUCUCAGCCCAACAUGAACAUAAGUCAAAUGGAUCAGACUUUUAAAGUUAAGAAGCAAAAUCAAAUAGAGAUGGAGAAAAUUUCCGUACCCUCUGACCCGCUAUUAAGCACACCAGAUGGAAUUGUGGAUAUGAGAAGCUUGUCAAGCAUAGACAGUUUCAUUAGCUGUGCUACAGAGUUUCCUGAUGCAGGGAAAUUCACUCACAGUCCUGCAGUAUCUGUACUCAAUAAGGCUUCUGUGAACCCAGGUCUUGAAAAAAUUCAGGAUCAAGAUUCACCAGCCUUAUCAUCCAAUAAUGCACCAAUUAGGCAAGCUACCACAACUCUGGAUGGCAACUAUUACAAGAGCCUCUUGGGCAUCAAUUCCAAUAAUGCAGCUUUUACCUGUGCGGUGGACAAGCACAGUCCCAGCUUCUCUGAUAAUUCUGAAGGCUCAAGCAGGCAGAUAAACCCCAUAAAAUCUAGACCGCUUAAAGUAAACUUCAUGGAGAGUGAUAUCAAUACUGUUCAAAACACAAACCUAACAACACUCUCAUCAAUAGUGGACCCCAAAGCGAUUGGCUCUAAAAGCAUCACAAGUCCCCUCGAUGGUCCAUUGCAUACAGAGAGACAUCUCGCUAGCAUAGAAGCAUCAAUAACAUGCUCAUCCUCUGGAACAAAAUCUCCAGAAGACAUUAUGCCAGAUGUUUUUACUUUCCAUGAUGAUGGAGUAAAGAAGUACAUUGAUGCAGACAGUGAUGAGGAAGAGCAGCCUCCAGUGGGAAGGAACCCUUCUGGGUCCAUGAGCCUCAGAUACCACAUCACAAAUAGUGACUACCCAGGUCAGAAGGAAGGUGUCUACCGAAAAGAUGGGAAUUAUUUAGAAGAGCAUGCUGUAGCUUCUUCAGCAAAGCACUUUGGACAAAACUGCUUGUACAAUAUGGAAAAUAUAACCGCUAGAGUUAAGAAAAGUGGCAACCAAGAAGGAAUCAAAUUGGACAACCACAUCUCUCCAGAGAUUCAUGUGACAUCAGGAGAAAGUGGCUGUUCCACAGCAUAUGAUGAUGACAUCUGACUUUAAAGUCUGCCAGGCUACUAUUUGAGCUGGAAUUGUGAAAUUAAAGUGCAUAUCCUCAAAAGAACAGAGCUUUGUAUUUUGCAUGGCAUGAAAAACUAUUUCAAGCAAGCCAGUGUUACCUUUACAAUAUAAAGGAGUGUUUGAUGGAAGGGAACCUGAGAACAUUGAUCAAAAUGUGAAGGUCCUGACCAUGAAAUAUAAGUACAGAAGAAGGGAAAAUUAUACCAAACUUUCUGUAAACUUCUGCUAACUCAUACCAUUAAAAUUUUAUCACAAUUAUUUUUCAGUACUAAGCCCCUUCUGCCUAUCCAGUGCCGACAGAGGAAUACGGAUUAAAUGUUAAAAUCAUGGUGUGCUCUCCGGGAGAUGCAGAAAGUAUUGGUUUCAAAAUAAAAGGUCAGAAAGACAAUGUUUUAAAAAAUAUUUUGGAACAUAAAUUUAUCAUUUGAAGGGUGCUGCCUGGAUUUCACUCACGGACCCUGGUUACACAAUUGAACCAUAUGGGAUUCCAUUAAUGUAUCAUGUGAUUUGUCUAGUGGAUGCAAAUAAUCCUUGCAGCAAAGAAGGAAAAUGCCUGCCCUAAGGAUUUGCUUACUUUAGUUCAGAUUAGGCUCUUUUGUUUGUAGAAUUGCAAUCUUUGCUCAACUUCCUUAAAAAAAACUUCAAAGAAUGCAUUAACAUUUCUGCACCAAAAUUUAAAAAAUGUAAUGAGAUUUUUAAAAUUGUAGUUUAUUCCAAAAAUAGUGAAUAUCAAGAAAUACUCUUUGGUUCUGUGUAUUUGUUUAAUCAUGAUUUCUAGGUAACACUUUAAAAACUGCGAAGUAAAUAUUGUAGAUGUCAUGUAAAGAAAAAAGAUGUAUUUUUGAAGCUAGAAAUUUCUUUCAACAUUCACUAUUCUGAACUUGGUCCCCAAAUUCUUGGUUAGCAAAAUGAAAGAGGGGGAGGGGUGAGUUGCACCAGUUAAACGACAAAGAUAAAACUGCCUUUAUCAUAGUGAAGCUUCACUGUUAUUUCAGGCCUGUAUUUAGUACAGUGGUUAGAAAUGUCUUCAUACAAAAAAAGGUGAAUGUAUUUAGCAAAUAGAAAAUGUUAUUGAUAUGAAAACUCUAACUAUCUGUGUUAAAACUUCAAACUUUAACGUCACCAUUUCUGUUAGUUAAUAUUGCUGCUAGGUGAUUUUCUAGAGUGCAAACGAAGCAUUUUUUUUGUUCUUAAUAUCGAAGCAUGUAAAUCCAUGCCGAAAUCCAUAGCUUUGACAUAACUUUAUUGUAAACAAGGCUAGAAUUCCUUUUUUAAAAGGAAAAAUAUCACAUAACAUUUCUUUAAAAAUUCCAUGGUAAGAGUAUGCUUGAGAUUUAAUUUUCAAAAGGCAAUAUCAAACCAAGCUCAGUGUGUUUACCAGAUUUGACGUUUACAGUUCUAAAUAAUAGAUUUAUUUUUAACAAUGGAAUAAUGCUUAUUUUUUCAUUCAGGCUGUCGAGAAGGUAUAGAUCUAAAUGAUUAAAAACUAGCACUUUGAAAAUGUUAAAGUUUUAUUUUUGGUAUAGCAAUCUUGUUAUAAAUACUGUCUUCUGUUCUAUCAAUAAAAAUGAUAGAACUGAAGUGUGCUUUGAAUGUAAUGGUAUGAAAGGCACCUCUGUAACAAAGCCAUGUAUCUUCAGUCUGAGCUUAUGUGACAUUUAAUGUUGGUUUCUGAAGAUAUUGAGAUAGAUUAUGUAUAUGCUAGUUCUGUCUGACCCCGAUAAAAUGUAAAACCAGUAUGGAAACCAAGACGUACGUACGUUUCCGAUUUCCCUUUCCCAAAUAUGUCUGUGUGCAUAGAAGAGAUUUGUUAUAUUCACACACACAUAUGCUAUAUAAAUACAAGUGACUGUUUACGCAUUGUAUAAAAUUCCUGUUUUGCACUGUGGUAUGUAACUGUUUAUAGAAACUGUUUUAGAAAGUUAAUAGUAAAUUUAAACUUGUUUUGGGUUAUGAUAUUUCUCAAUUUUUCACCAUUUCUUUUUAAGUUACCAGCAUUCAGUAUGAAAUACAAUUUUGCUUAUCAGCCAUUAGGCCAUCAUGCUGAGAGUCAGUCAGAUCAUUCACCCUUAAUCUUUGUCUAGCCAUUCCACACGUGGAAUUUAAACAUGGGCAUCAGAUAUCAGUCGUACCAAUAACAAAUCUGCAGACUGCAUCAGAUAUUAGUUGUAUCAAUAAGAAGUCUGCAGACUGAUAGUAUUUAAGCCUGAGGAGAUAGGUGUAAAGAUGCAGCUAAGGAAAAAGUUGGGAAUUAUGAAUGGAAAGUUGUCAAUAGAUCCAAACUAUGCUAAUCCUGGGUCCCACUGGUGCAACUCGCCCUUGAAUCCACAGACAGUUCACUGAUUCCCACAGCAAUGAAAAUUACAUUUUCAUGCCAAACACUCACCUGGAAAACUGCUCUUGCUGAAAGUUUCUUUGCUUAACAAUGCACAGUUGUAUUUAUCUACUGUGACACAAUUUCCUUUCUUCCAAUAAAUUUAUUUUGUAUUUUAUACAUUAACCUUACAACAAAACAAUUUAUAUUCUUCUAUUGUCAAAAGCUAUUACUGACAAAAAUCUUCUUAAAAUUAUUAUACCUGAAAUAUCCAAACUAUUUUCUUCAUUCCAUCGAAGUGAAUACAAUGCAGAGAAAAAAAAUAUGCCUUAUGCCCAAAAAAAUAAUUCAUUCAAUUUAAUUAAAUUCAUUCUAUUUAAUUAAAUACUCCAACUCACCAACCUUGGCAGAAAUUUACCAUGCCUGACCAUUCAUUUAUCCAACUGCAGUUGACUAAGAAAUUUACUUACCAAGAGAACAAUGAAAAUAAAUGACUUUGUGAAAAAUAGAUCAUAUGAAACAUGGAAUUGAAAAGAUGGAAUUAUAUGGUAUAACUCAAAGUAAACAAGCCCCUGAAAUAUACUACCAGUUAUGUAAUUUCACCU